UUUAAAUCUUAACUUUCUUAAUAAAAAGUAAAAAAACAUAAAAAAACCUAUGAAGAGCCCUAUGUUUACAUGUAUUCUUUGCAAAGUUACGUUUCAAUCAUCAGAUGUUCAGCGUGUACAUUACCGAUCAGAAUGGCAUCUUUACAAUUUAAAGCGGAAAAUGGCAGGGUUCUCAUCAGUUUCAGCACACUGUUUUUCUCAAAAAAUGGUUUCAGAGGUAUGGAAUGAAAAAAAAGAGGAAAAAGAAAGAUUUAAUGGGAAAAAAAAAAAAAAAGAGAAGAAAAAUGGUUUUAAUGUAGAAAAUGAGUCUUAUCUUUUAAAUAAAUCAGAAGAAGCAAUUGAAUUGAAUAAAAAACAAUAUAUAAAUGAACCAGAUUUAAAAAAAUCGGAAGAAAUUAUGGCAAAUCUAUGUAAUCCUAUUUAUUUAAAUUCAACAUCAUAUGAAAAAAUGGAAUUGAACGAAUCGGAAGAAAAAUUAAUUAAAGAACAUAUAGCGAAAGCAACUAAAUUAAAAAUAACAGAUUGUCUUUUUUGUACUUUUAAGUUUUCUACAUUAAAUGAGAAUUUAGAACAUAUGAAGAAAUCUCAUUCUUUAUUUAUACCUGAACAAGAAUAUCUUAUUGAUUUAAAGGGGUUAAUAGAAUAUCUUGGAGAAAAAAUUUCUAUUGGAAAUGUUUGUUUGUCAUGCAAAAAGGUUGGAAAGAGUUUAGAAAGUAUUCGUCAACAUAUGUUUUCAAAAGGGCAUUAUUCUAUUGCAUAUGAUACAGAGGAAGAAAGGCUUGAAUUAUCAGAUUAUUACGAUUAUGGUUCAUAUUCUGCAAAAGACAAUGAUUCAGAUUGGGAAGAUAUAUCAUCUAAUCAAGAUAAAGAUGAUAUUUUGUCUAUUUAUUCAGAUAAUGAUGACGAUGUCAUAAUAGAAAACGAUUAUGAGCUUAUUCUUCCCUCGAAAAUAAGACUAGGGCAUCGUUCUUUAAUUAGAUAUUAUCAACAAAACCUUCGCUCUCGAAAUUUUCAACGACAGUCAGGAGAUAGAAAUCCAAGCGGUUUAGUACGACAAGAAUAUGUUCAAAGAUCACUCAAAGGUAUUGAUCAAUCAAAAAGAAAAUUUUCUGAAAAACAUAUACGAACUUAUCAAGAUGUUUUUCAAAAAGAAAAUUAUAAAACUGCAAUUGGUUUAAAAAGUAAUCAUCAAAAAUAUUUUCGGAAUGAAUUACUUCAAUAAACUAUACUUUAUUCUUUACAAUUAAAAUAUUCAAUAUUCUACACCUUUUUAUUUUCAUACAUAAGGUUUAUAUCUUAACAUCCGGG